ACUUGCUUGGCAGGACUCUCUGGGGUGGAAGGAGCUGGGGGUGCUGUGCCCAUGCAAACAGAAUUGCAGAAGUUGAGCUCAGGCUUAUCACUUCCCUGAGAAGAAAAGCACAUUUCCAGUUUCCUGUGCCUAAGUGCUCAGUGCCCUCCAUGCUGCUGAAGCCCAGACUGAGCUGUGCCUAAGUGACGUGGGUGAAGAAGGAUGAGGAUAGGGCCUGUGGAAGAGCUGAGUCUCUACUGCCUGGACUAAAGGAAUCCCAGAACAGAGCCUGCAAGCUAAAAGCACUGCCCAGACUCCGAGCAGAAGACUAGGACCCGCCAUGGCUUUUUAGAUGGGGAGUCUCCUCACUGUGAUCCCCUGUCCUGCACAGAGAGGCAUAGACUUCUACAGGGGAAAUUGAAGCAGUCCUGCCACCAACCUCAGCCGAGGCAAAAAGGAAGUGCCCAUCAGGUACCCCUGACCUGGAAAGACUCCAGCCAGUGUACGCCUCUGCUAAAUGCCUUGUGUCUUGAAGGCCUUACAGCAAUUCCAAGGCUAGAACUGAUAUCCAUCUCAUGUGUCAAAAAGCCAGCCCAAGCUCUGCGUGAAAGACCCCCGCAGCAGGAGGCAGAUGGGGCAUUGGAAGUGACAAGACCACCCCAGUGUCCACUCCCCACAGGAGGCUCCAUCUUGGAACCAGAGCUUCUAGAUCGCACCAGGAUGAACGAGGACCUUAGCCUAGAAGAGAAUGGCCACUUGUAUUCUGAGAGCUUGCCACAGCUCAGGGAGUAUCUCACACAAUCAUCCACUGACCACACUUCAUCCUCAGAGAGUCCCGUGACGUCAAGCGAAUCCGGAUCAGACAUUUUGCACAUGACUUCUGGUGAACCUGACUGCAAAUCCCUGUGUGAGAAGGAGGAGGAAGCAAGAUCGGCCUCUGCCAUGCCAGGCACCAGCCCAGCUCCCGAGAAUGCUGCUGCAUGUCGAGACUCUGUGAGUUCGGACAAGGCUGCAUCACACCCGGAAGCAGGAGAGGGACUCACAACUGUAGAAGACGGAGGGAAGGGCUGCACCACAGGAGAAACUGAGAUUUCCUUACCUCCCAAAGCACCUGUGAAGUUAGUUAACUUUCCACAGAGUGAGAACACUUCAGCUAGUGAGAAGGAGGUGGAGGCAGAAUUUCUCAGGUUAUCCUUGGGACUUAAGUGUGACUGGUUUACACUGGAGAAGAGAGUCAAGCUUGAAGAGAGGUCCCGGGACCUGGCAGAGGAAAACUUGAAAAAAGAAAUCACGAAUUGUUUAAAGCUUUUAGAGUCAUUAGCACCUCUGUGUGAAGACGACAACCAGGCUCAGGAGAUCAUUAAGAAACUGGAGAAGAGUAUAACAUUUCUCAGCCAGUGCACAACACGUGUGGCCAGCAGGGCAGAGAUGCUGGGGGCCAUCAAUCAGGAAAGCCGUGUGAGCAAAGCAGUAGAAGUGAUGAUUCAGCAUGUCGAGAACUUAAAGAGGAUGUAUGCCAAAGAGCAUACCGAGCUGGAGGAGCUGAAGCAGGCUCUGCUGCAGAACGAGAGGUCCUUUAACCCUCUGGAAGAUGAAGAUGACUGUCAGAUUAAAAAACGUUCAUCUUCUCUAAAUUCCAAGCCAUCAUCUCUGCGGAGAGUGACAAUUGCCUCUUUACCCAGAAAUCUUGGAAAUGUGGGGAUGGUAUCUGGGAUGGAAAAUAAUGACAGAUUCGGCCGGCGGUCAAGCAGCUGGAGAAUUUUGGGGACGAAGCAGAGUGAGCACCGCCCCUCACUACACCGAUUUAUUAGCACCUAUUCCUGGGCAGACGCUGAAGAUGAGAAAUGUGACCUGAAAACCAGAGAUGCCUCUGAACCUCCAGGAGAAGAGGCAGUGGAGAGGACCAGGAAGGCCAGUCUUUCUGAGAAGAGAAGCAGCCCAUCCACCUGGGACAGCGCUGCAGUCUGCGGCUCGGUGGCUUUGUGGGUCACUCACCUGCAGGCAUCCUUCCGAAGGGCCAACAGAGUCCUCUGGCUCUCGCUGGCCUUCACUGUGCUGUCCGCAGCCUUGAUGAGCUUCCUCACGGGCCAGUUCUUCCAGACAGCUGUGGAGGCCGCACCCGCACAGGAAGGGAACUCCUGGAUGUCUCUAGAACACAUCUUGUGGCCAUUUACCAGACUCAGGCACAAUGGGCCUCCACCAGUAUGACUGCAGCAUGGCCGAGUGUCCCGUUCUGAUUUUAACAGUUUCCUCUGAGAUUCAUAAAUUAGUAACUUUCUAGUAAUCAUAAUGCAAAACCAGGGUUCUCAGAGCUGCUGAGAUACUUUAAUUCCACAACUACAUAGCAUAGGGAGGGGACCCCACCUAGGGUAUUUUAAAUGAGCUUUCUGAGAGAGAGACAGACAGAUAGACAGAGUACUUUAUUGAAAUUUAUCGAAAUAAAGAACUAUUCCAAUCUUU